GCUACCUGCUGGUUGUGUUUAUUUCUGAUAAGCUCGGCAGCUACUCGAUUGCCGGUUAUGCGGGUCUCUUCACCUUUGCUGCUGUGUAUCUCUUAUUCAUGGUGAUCCUCGGAUCAGGACCAGACAAUGCCCACCGUGUAGUGAACAGAACAUGCAGCACCGUUGCAAGGAUGCGGGGAUGGAGCAAAUGUUUGCGGAUUGAUGGAGCUGGAGAUGGUGCCACUCGUGAUGAUUUGCAAGAUUUGCAAGAAGGUUUACUGAAGCGUGAUGGUUGUGAUAGCAACCACGUUGUUAUUCCACAGAAGGAAAGAAGGCAGGAGGCCGCCCUUGGGGCCGGGGCAUGAUACAAGGAAAAAAGUUGAAAAAACUUGACACCCUGCAACUCUUGCAAUGGGCGAAAGGAAACUCGCACUUUGAAGUUUGAACUCAAAUUUGUGACAUCGUUGGGCUGGUAAUGAUCUUCCCUGAAUGUUUUUUGCUGUGGCGAGUCGUUGGCGACGAUAUAUGACGAAAUCAUGAAAAUGUUUGAAGUUAGCCUUAGAAAAAAAAAAAAAAAAAAAAAAGAAGUCUCCUGCUUCUUGAACUGUCUUUUGCGGUGUUACAAGGGGACAUAUGAUGAGAUGUUGCACGUUCAUCUCCCGACUCUCUGCCAUAUCUUACCGCGUCCUUGUGACAAAAAGCCCUGGCAUUCUUGUGACGCAAAGCCCUGGCAUUAAGUGCUGCUGAUGCUGAUGCUGAUGCAACUCAUCAAAUCACAGCGAUCUGUGUUUGCUUAUGUGAGCGACAUAGGAAGGGGGCUGCUUACUGCUGCAACUCAUCAAAUCAGUAAAUCACAGCAAUCUGU